AUGGCCGGGGAAAAGAAAGGUACUAAGGUCAGCAAGGCUGGUGCUGCCGCCAAAGCCGUUGUCAAGGGAGCUGGUGCCACCAAGACACGAAAGAUCCGCACCUCGACUACAUUCCACCUUCCCAAGACUCUCCAAUUGUCGCGGUCCCCCAAGUACCCCCGCAAGUCUAUUCCCCAUGAGCCUCGCCUCGAUCAUCACAAGGUCAUCAUCCACCCUCUCAACACGGAGAGCGCCAUGAAGAAAAUCGAAGAGAACAACACCCUCGUCUUCAUCGUUGAUGUCAAGGCAAACAAGCGUCAGAUCAAGGCCGCUCUUAAGAAGCUUUACGACGUUGAUACCAUCAAGGUCAACACUCUGAUCAGACCUGAUGGUUCGAAAAAGGCCUUCGCCCGGCUUACCCCUGAUGUGGAUGCACUGGAUAUUGCGGCUACCAAGCUUGCUAUUGUCUAA